CAAUAUGACACGAUACUCAUCGAGCUCACAAUCGCGUGUUGCUUGCUCAAUCACCAAAUCAACCGGCACCCACAACUUCGACCUCCCUGAUCGCAAUGCUCGCUCACCGCUUGACCAAGCUCACCCGCUGCGUAGCUGCCCCGGUACGUGCAUCCACAAUACCUGCCCGUGUGUUUCGUAGCUCUUGCCGUCUUUGCAUUGCUCUGUUGGCACAUGAGAGAGCUAGUGGUUGUUUUGAAUAUGACAGAACACCAUCGAACUAACUCGUCGUCGUGGCGCUUUCUCGUUCAGCAUCACGGACGCGCUCUCUCUGUGUUAGACCGCUUCACAUCCUCGCAGCCCGAGACUGCGAGCGACAUCUGGUGCUCUGUGGGUGCUGUGUGUUUUGACGUCGACAGCACGGUGUGCGAGGACGAGGGCAUUGACGUGCUGGCUGAGCACUGCGGUGCUGGCCAAGCUGUCAAGGAGUGGACCACCAAGGCCAUGAACGGAAACGUCAAGUUCGAAGACGCGCUUGCUGCCCGGUUGGACAUUAUUAAACCGUCAAGGCAAGACAUCCAGGACUGCUUGAAGCAGCACCCGCCUAAGUUCACACCAGGUAUCAAGAAGCUCAUGGCGACUCUGCAGGACAAGGGCAUUGCCGUGUUCCUCGUGUCGGGUGGUUUUCGCCUUAUGAUUGAACCUGUUGCUGAGGAAGUUGGCAUUCCUCUGUCCAGCAUUUACGCCAACACCAUCUUCUUCGAUGACGAUGGCAACUACAGCGGGUUUGAUGAUGCUGAGCUCACGUCACGCGACGGUGGCAAGGCCAAGGCCAUUGAAGUUAUUAAGCGGAUUCACGGCUUCGAGAAGAUCGCAAUGGUUGGCGACGGUGUCACGGACCUCCAAGCCCGUCCGCCUGCCGACCUGUUCGUCGGCUUCGGAGGCAUCGUCACCCGUGACGUCGUAAAAGAGGGCGCUGACCUUUUCGUUACGGACUUCAGCCACCUCACCAAGUUGCUGCAGUAGACAGAUGAGGCUGGACUGAAUUGGUGCAACAAGGUCCUGUUAUAGCCAACCAGCACGGGCAUUUGUUGCAUGCAAUUCAAGACUGUAAACAUGAACAAGUUCCGCAUUGUGUGCGCUGUUUGUGCAGUCAAAAAAGCAAACGCCUUUGUUUGUCUAAAAGCUAGUCAUGGUGUAUACAUUAGUCUUCCAUCUCAUUGUCCCCGGCGUCCUCCGUGUUGCUCUUCUUGAGGUCGGCGGGCGUUU